CCUAGGUCAAAGGGGCAGAUCCAGCCAAAGCCCUUCAUUCUUCAUUCAGUAUGGAGGAAAAGCUGAUCAGCGCCGUGGCUAACCACCCCGAGCUAUAUGAUGCCAGCUCCUAUUUCUACCGAGACAGGAAUAAAAAGGACCUAGCUUGGAGACACAUAAGUGAGGAGAUCGGGCAACCUGAGGACAUCUGCAGGAGAAAGUGGAAGAGCCUCAGGGACACAUAUAAUAAGGAGAAGAGGUCAGAGAAGGAGAAGAGGAGUGGGUCUGCAGCAGGAUCGGGGAGGAGAUGGAAGUUCUUCGCGGUCAUGGGGUUUCUGGACCCCUUCCUCACCCCGCGGGAGACCAGCGGUAAUAUGGUGCGGACCGUGGAGAACUUCUCCCCCGAGGACCAGGGACAGCCCGAAGAGGCAGCAGGGGAGUGUCAGUCAGAAGAGUCAAGUUAUCAUGCAGCAGAGUCCUCCCCUGUUGCUUCUCCUGACUCCCCAGUCCCUGGUCCCUCCACUCCUGCUGCUGCACCCACAGGCCCACAGAGGAGGAGAGCUCGAAGGCGGUCGAGGGAAGGGUCCCAGGAUGGUCCAUCGGCGGUGGAGCUGGCUAUCCUGGAGUCCCUAAAGAGGCCACGCCCGUCUGCAACAGAGUAUUUCCUCCUCGGCCUUGUUCCUGCUCUGGAGAGCAUGCCGCCUCAGACACGAGAAUUCGUGAAAUUCCAAAUUCAUAAAUUAGUUUUUGACAACAGCACAGCUGUGCUAAAUUUGGAAACAUUGGACCCUAAUGAUCAGUAGUUUUCUGAUGAGGCAGCAGCUCUCCAGGGCAGAAACAAUGUUCUUAUUCUUCUCCUCCUUCUCCCCUGAGGCUCUUCCACUCCAAGCUGGGUCCUUUUUAUUCC